GCUUUAAGGCAGCAAAGACUUGAAUUAAUUUAUUUAUCAAUUCAUUUAUUGUAUAGACACUCAGGAUAGAAUGGAAUGAAGUCCUCCUGGCCCUGACUGAUGAUGUCACAGUCCAUUAGUCUCUCACUGAUGAUGUCACAGUGCCAUGGUACCUGAGCAUUCCGGAGGGGUAUAAAUAGCUCACGGAAUCAUUUCACAUUCAGUUCGUAUUCAUUCGUAUACAAGACAGUUCGUGAUUACAAAGCCUUUUUCUGAGAAGAUAUUUUCAAAAAACAAUCGAAAGUUUGAGUGAUGGCAACAAAAACAACCACCGCCAUGGACCAAACAAACAGUCCACAGGAAGAGGUGACUCCUCUGACUAGAGUGGACGUGAUUCGCCUUGUUGUGAAUUACUACUUGGGGAUUAUUGAACCCGAGCAGUGGGCCUUUCUGCUGAAAGGAAACCCUGACGACAAGACCAGGUACAUCCUGGCAGAGCUACUCAUGGACGUGAUGGACUUGAUGCUCAUCACCCAACCAAGGCUGACAGAGGAGGAGAUGAGAAGAAUUAAGCCCUGGGAGCGCCUGUCGUCCAGUUUGGGGGAGGCUCUACCCCAAACUCUUCCUCAACUUCUGGUUGUUCCAGAUAACGUCUCUCGCAAGAUCUUGGAGUCGUUGAGGAUCCUGAUAUACAGAGUAGCGACAGUAGGGUGUAUCAAGUGCAUGGUCUUUGCCAGCAAUCACCCCAAGCCAUUUGCACAGUACAGCGCUACAAUACUAAGAAUGGUCGACGAAAUGGUUAAUCGUACCAUAAAAAUGCUGUGCAGUGAGAACAAGAGAUUGAUGUGCAAAUGUCAACGUCGCCAUCUGAAACUCAGCCUGGUCACUUCCAAACCGAGACUCCCUGAACACCAGGAACCCGUGGAGUCAAGAACAUCUGGAGUCAACAACAAUGACGUCCCAGAGAGUUUGGAAGUGACUCCCGACGUUACAGACGUCACCCCCGUGGACGUCUCUGUCCCUCCAGACACUAAUUCGGUGUCAGCCUUCGCCUUGGAGGACAAACACGAUCCAAGAUCCAAGGAAAAGACAUUUGUGAGCAGUGUCGCAGGGGAGCUCAUUUCUCGGGCCCUUAGAAAGUCCAGGAUGCCCUCCUUCACUACAGAUUCCAUCCAAGCCAUCCACCAGCGGCUCUACACCAAGAUCUGGGAUGAAGUUAAGAGCCAGGGUCUUAACAUCAACCCGGACAAACUGAAGGACAUGGACAAGGCCAUUUUCCAGGACACCUGCAGACAGUUACUCUGCUCCAAAUCAUCUGUGUGGAUUCAUAUGGUCUCAGCGAAUCCACCAGUAGAAGAUAUCAUCGUGACUUCUUUCAAAAAGCACCUGAAGAGAUCAGAGGAACCUGGGCCCAUCAAAAGGUUCUUCGCAGCUGUAGGCAGAGCUUUCUGCAGACCUACAGUCAGCCCCACAGCACUGGUGUCUUAGCUCAACAUCUACAUCAUCAUCGACGACUCCACCACAGAGCUCAGUCAGGAAGUUACCUACUUCCCCUCCCCUUCCCUUCACUUCCCCCCUUCCCCUCCACUGUUGCUGCUAGUCAGAGAGCAGUGGAGGGGUUGGUUACUUCCACCUGGGGACACCUCCUCCUCCACUAGUUGCUGCUUGUCAGAGAGCAGUGGAAGAGGGGGUCACCCAAAUGUGGGGACACUUCCUGUUCCUGCCUGUUUGUAGGUUUGGAUUUGAGCUCGUAUCGUCAUGUUGAUGGACACCAGUACCACCUGACAACAAGAGGGGCCAGAGACUGAUUCCCUGCUUCAUCUGUGCUGCUGCUGCUGCUGACAUCUUUUCAUUUGCUAACCAU